CUAAGUUCGAAGGUAUUCUUUUAUGACAAACCGCAUUUGCAGGAGUUUUAGAGGCGGUCUGAAAUUUUAGAGGAUGUUUAUUACCCGAGUGUACAGGGCGACGUUUCCUAGUUGGUACACAGGGAACGAAAGAGGAAACGACUGGAGGGGAAAUCCUGUUCCAGGUUUUCAGGCAGCCCGUGUGAUUGACACAUGAUAUCACGGGAGGCGUGUCCUGGAGUGGAGGUGGAGGUGGAGGCGAGGGGCUGAAAUUGCGCGGAGCUGGCCUGGGAUUGCUCUGUAAGGCACGCAGUGGUUUGCAGACUGAUAGCAGCAGACAGAGCUCCCUGCCCGGGAUAAGGAACAGCUACAGCCGCUGUAAAUGUGCCUGAAAAGCAAUUUCCAACCUUUGCGUUAGGAUUUCAGAUGCAUGCCAGGUUUCCACUGAUUGCCAGAAUUCGAGAACCCUACACAUGGAUCCCCCAAAUCAACAUGGCAGUGUCAGUUCAUUAGUCGUGAUCCAGCAGCCGGCGUUGGAGAGUCGGCAGAGGCCGGACUAUGAGCGAGACGUUCAGCCUGCUGCUAUUCUGUCCUUGGACCAGCUCAAGGCCAUCAGGGGCAGCAAUGAAUACACGGAAGGGCCGUCAGUGGUGAAAAGACCCGCGCCUCGAACAGCCCCACGACAAGAAAAGCACGAGAGGACUCACGAAAUCGUACCGAUUAAUGUGAACAAUAACUGCGAGCCCAGACCGACGGGCCACCUGGGACACGCGGGUCUCGCCCAUCAUGCCCGAGGCCCCAUUUUGAGCAGAUCGACCAGCACCGGCAGCGCAGCCAGUUCUGGGAGCAACAGCAGCGCCUCCUCCGAGCAGGGGCUGUUGGGGAGGUCGCCGCCCAGCAGACCUGUCCCGGCUCAUCGGUCUGAAAGGACGAUCCGGACCCAGCCCAAGCAGCUGGUCGUGGAUGACUUGAAGGGCUCCUUGAAGGAGGAGCUGGCGCAGCACAAGUUCAUCUGUGAACGGUGCGGGAAGUGCAAGUGCGCGGAGUGCACGGCGCCGCGGGCCUUGCCGUCCUGCCUGGCCUGCGACCGGCAGUGCCUGUGCUCGGCCGAGAGCAUGGUGGAGUACGGCAGCUGCAUGUGCCUGGUCAAGGGCAUCUUCUACCACUGCUCCAACGACGACGCGGGGGACUCGUACUCCGACAACCCCUGCUCCUGCUCCCAGGCGCACUGCUGCCCGCGGUACCUGUGCAUGGGAGCCCUGGCGCUGUUCCUCCCGUGCUUGCUGUGUUACCCUCCCGCCAAGGGCUGCCUGGAGCUGUGCCGGGGCUGUUACGACUGGAUCCACCGGCCGGGCUGCAGGUGCAAGAACUCCAACACCGUCUACUGUAAGCUGGACAGCUGCCCCUCGCGGGCGCAGGGGAAACCCUCCUGAUGUGGGGAGGUGGGUCGGACCUCCCGAACGUCUGGCUUUCAAGCCGCGGCUGUUAAAAGAAGAUGCUGUUAGAUACUGGUUUUGUUUCCUUGACGAUGCUUCCCCGUCUGCCGCCUCCUCUUCCCCUGUUCCCGAGGUUUGACUCGUGGAUUCUGCUCCCGCGGGUGGACUGCGAAACUGCACCCGCUCCCACUUGAGGACCAGAGCUUCCUCCAGCCGCUCGAGAGGGCGCCGAGAGCCAGUGGGUUUUCGUGCAGCGUUAUCAUCCUGCCAGCAGCUCUCCGAAGCUGUCCGCGUGAACACACCCACCCGGGCCCGACGACAGCAACGCAGAGCUGUUUCGAUUGGGUACCCUGGGAGCAGGGAGCCGGUUCUUAAAGAAGCUACCGUUUCAUUGCUUCAGUAAGCUGUGGAUCAGAUCUUCAUACCGUUGCACCCUCAAGUAGCACGGGGCACGUAUUUAUGCUACAACACAAACGUUUUCCUUUAACCACUGCCCUCUCCUGCCCCCUCGGAGUUCUGUUCCGUCAGUUUUGGCGUUAUCUUGAUCUAGAGGUGCCAGCUAUGUAAUUUUCGAUUUACUUUACGAUGUAAAUCUUCACAUUGGAGAUAUAUAGGUUGUAUUUUGCUCAUCCUCAUUCUAGGUUUUCAUGUUUGUGAAGGACCUAGCUACCUUCCUUCCACACCCACGCUUCUUACCGAAUUUCUCCCGUCACAGAGGGCACUUGGAUAACCGAAGUUGAUAUUUAUAGCUGAUCAGUCCACAGGUGUCACAGAACUACGCCGCCUAAAGUGAUCUUGGCUCCCUGGUCCUUCUGGCACCUCGGCUAGUUAACAGCGGCGUGAUGCUAACCUUUUCUGUGUUUUCAUUGCCUUAACCACAAAUUGUGGUGCUUUUUGUAUAUUUUAUGUAUAAAUCACAAAGUUGAAUUCUGACUAUUUUUAAGACAAAAGUCUGUUAAACUUUUUUAUUGUAAAGAAUAUUUAUUAUGCGAAUCUCUAUUAUUUUAUGAUAUUUAUUGCAAAAGACUGUUGAAAUGUACUCAUGUCUGAAUAUAACAAAAUAUCAAUACAUAACGGAAAAUAAGGUGACACGAAGAAAGUACAUAUGUUAACUAUAAUGCAGAAAAUAUAUUAAUUAAUGAAACUGUCUCUC